UCUAAAAAAACGUGAAAUCUUUCGCAUAUCCAGGACUCGUUUCGGUAACGCCCCUUAGAAAACUAGUUAGGUUUGAGUUAAAAUCCGGAGGUCCGGGCCCCCGCGGCUUGCGUAGUAUGGAUUACGAAUUAUAUGACAACUCGAACAUUUUGUUGAACGGUGAAAAUCCAAAUAAUUCGAAAAAUUCAUGGAACAUACCUAGUGACGGUAGCAUGGACAAUAACGACGAGUAUUUCGAUUGGAACCCCCUCAAAAUCGACGAGGAUCACGUAGAACAUGGGCAAGUUUCCAACACCCGGCAAUCGCGCAAGAGAAAGUUGCCCACUAUUGAGGCUAGCCCCUCGAAAAUCAAACAAACAACUGCCUACAAAUCUGUCCAAGAUCCUCUUGCGGUCGAUGAGAAACAAAAUCAAAAAAAGGCCUCCGUACAGAGUGGUGCUGUUAGAAUGCCUACGUGGCAGGUAGACGACAUAACAGAGCUGAACGGUGAUAUCGACAGUUCGCUCAGCUUGGGCUCAGACUUGGCAAGCAAUUCCUACAAUGUCAGCGAUGCCAUCCUUUCAAUUUCCGGUCUGACCGUCUUCAAGCAGGAGGCCCCAUCACCCACAAACCACGAUGCGGCCUCCCUGCAAAUAGCAAGACAAAAUCGGCAAAGCCCCACAUCUACCCAGCAAGUAGGUGUCCACAAUGGGACAAUCGACGAAGCGAACAACCAGAACAUGAUCAACACCACCAUCAAUCAACUCCUCAGUCAAUCUGCGUACACUAACCUGCAAAACGCUAUAGACGCCAAUUUGGUCUCUUCACCGAACUCGCAGGACAAUUAUAACGUUACUUCUACUAACUACAAUUUUGCUGAAGAUUGCCGAUUUCAAUACGUUCUGGCCGCUGCCACAAGUAUUGCCACUAAAGUUAACGAAGACACGUUGACGUACCUUAAUCAAGGACAGAGUUACGAAAUCAAGUUGAAGAAACUGGGCGAUUUGUCCAUGUAUAGAGGAAAGUUAUUAAAGUCGGUUGUUAGAAUGUGUUUCCACGAACGGAGAUUGCAGUUCAUGGAAAAAGAACAGAUGGCGUCGUGGCAACGCGCUCGACCGGGUGAUAGAAUUUUGGAAGUUGAUGUGCCUCUUUCGUAUGGUGCUUUUGAUAUUGUCCAACCAUCUAAUGCCUUAAAUCUUAUACACUUUAACUGGGAUCCUACUAAGGAAGUGGGCGUAUAUAUUAAAGUAAAUUGCAUCAGCACAGAAUUUACCCCGAAAAAACACGGCGGUGAGAAAGGCGUCCCUUUCCGCAUCCAAGUAGAAACCUACCAGAACGGCGACAACCUCGACUCAUCCGUACGUCUUCACGCAGCUGCUUGUCAAAUAAAAGUUUUCAAACUAAAAGGGGCUGAUAGAAAGCACAAGCAAGAUCGAGAAAAAAUCAUGAAACGGCCGCUAUCCGAGCAAGAAAAAUACCAACCAAGCUACGAAUGUACCGUACUUAAUGAUAUUCCCAAUGAUGCUGUGCUGAACACGCCGCCGAUCGCCCCUAUUGCUGCUACUGACAGUGGGGCCCAUAAUCAAGCGAGCAGGAAGGAUGGAAGCGUGGAUGGGCAGUUGAGGCCGCAGAGUGCGGCGCCGUCAUCGACACCGCCGCCGGUUGUAGAAAGGAAAAUCGAUGACCCGAAUUCAAUUUCUGUGGAGCAGUUGUCGUCAGGCGCCAGCCCAGAACAAACAACAGCUUGGUUAGUGAGAAAUCGUUUCGAUAGAUACCUCGAAACUUUUGCCAAUUUCUCAGGAGCAGACAUGCUACGCAUGUCAAGAGAUGACCUCAUUCAAAUUUGCGGACAAGCUGACGGAAUCCGUUUGUAUAACGCCGUACAUCUAAAGACUAUAGCACCAAAGCUGAAGAUCUAUGUUUGCCGUCAAAACACCUCGAUCUUCAAUGCUGUGUUUCUAUCGACACAUAGUAAUAUCGAAUUAUUAGAGAAAUUAUCGGCCUUAAUGGGAAUUUCUCAGGAUCAAGUACACGACAUUUAUAUUGAAGGACCUCAUGCGAUUCAUGUGCGAUUAAAUAACGACGUGAUUCGUCAUAUUAAAGAAGAAACCAUGUUUUCGGUAGAAAUCUUACAAGAAAAUGGAAGUUUUAUCUUUCUGUUAAAACGUACUGUUAAAUGAAAAAAAAAAAAAAUGUGAUCGGAAUGUGUUACGCUAAUUCUACGUGAUUAUCACUACUACUCAGUGUCUUAUUUGUAUGCCUUAACACAAAUUUAGGUGAUAUUGCAUGAUAAAUAUUGUUAUCUCAGGUUUUAAAAGUGUGCUACGAUAUUGAUUUUAGCUAUAUUUUUUAGGUUACUUUGAGAUUAUUUUUUAUGUUUACAAUUCUUAUUAAUUAUUAUGUAUAUCCUUUAUUGUUGUUCAUUAUAAUUAGUAGAUUUAUUGAUGUUGCUUGUUAUUCUAAUCAUUACUGUGUUGAUUUAGUUUCUUAUUAUAUCGAACCGUACAAUAUAUGUUAGUUUUAGACUAUAUUUUUGAUGUACAAAUUAUAGGUUUGCUCCUACUUAUUGUUGUGUAUAAAUUAGGAAGGAGGGUAGUAGAUUUUAUCCGUACUUUAAACGAGUAAUAACAUCCAAAAUGUGCCUUUAUAUAUAUUAUGUAUUCAGCAGAGGAAUUUUAAAAUGUAAUCAGAGUGCCAUAAAGUAUAUUCAGCUUA